AUGUACUUAAACUUAAGUCUGUCUAACCAAAACCCCCAGAUUGGUUCUGGUGGUUUAUUUUCUGGGACGAUCAAUAUCUUAGCCUAUUGCUGUAAGUCUUUUGCCUAACUUUUACAUAAACUGCUCGUUCUGUCAUCUAAUUUGGGUUGCAAAGUGCCACUACGUAAGAGGCCGAUAGCUUUUGGAUCAGUUGGUGGCAUGUGGGGGAUUGCGAGUGUCGCUGGGCCACUACUUGGUGGGGUGUUCACGUAGGUGUUUCUAUCCAAAGCGUGAAAAAUAUCUAAUCAAAUGAGAUAGUGACAAAAUAUCAUGGCGAUGGUGCUUUUACAUCAAGUAAGCUCUCCGAAUGACUCGAAACCCCAGAUUACGCCAAAUGCUAACGACUUUAGCCUGCCAAUAGGAGCAAUAGCCAUUGCUGUCAUCAUUCUAUACCUCAAUAUUUCGCGCGAUAAUAAUCCUCAUAAUCUCACCAUCUGGCAAAGGAUUCUCAAAGUCGACCUUCUUGGUGCCUCAAUUCUCAUUCCAGCCAUCGUUUGUCUUCUUCUUGCUCUUCAAAGGGGCGGCAGCACCUAUCCUUGGAGCAAUUCGCGCAUCAUCGGUCUCUUCAUCGGAUUUGGUCUUCUCAUCUCCAUUUUCAUUGCGUCCCAACUCUAUCUUGGAGAAAACGCCACCCUUCCCCCUCGCUUAUUUAAGAAUCGCAACGUAGUCUUAGCAUUUCUCUUCGCUUUCCUCUUCGGCGCGGGUUUCUUCGCGAUCAUCUUCUCCCUGGCGAUUUACUUCCAAUCCAUCAAAGGAAGUAGUGCGACGAAAAGUGGAAUCCAGAUGUUACCACUUCUAAUCAGCACAGUCGUUUCCAGUAUCGUCACAGGCGGCUUGAUUACGGCAAUUGGAUAUUACGUGCCCAUUCAACUCGUCUGUAUGAUUCUCUUCGCCGUUGGCGGUGGUCUUGUCACGACAUUCGACCUUCAUACUUCGACGGCAAAAUGGCUCGGAUAG